CCCUGGUGGGCAGUGUCGGUACUCGCCCCGCUCCUCCUCCGUCCUCUGAUCAACAACCAGCCUGGUGAUAUCAUAUGCUGGCUAAACCUCCACACAGAAGCAAAAUGGCCGAUAGUAAACUAACCGAUCAUACAGCGUCUGACAGUCAUCAAGGGGUUGUGCGUGGUUUGUUUACACCUUGAGAAACUAUAGUCGCUCGAAAAGGAUAAUCGCCUUUCCUCAUUUUUUUCUACGAUUAACAUUUCGCCUUUCGGUGAUGUCAUUUCUUAUUCAAUUUAGCCUUGAAAGCCUCGAAGAACUAGCUCGCUAGGCUAGCCACCUUGCUAGCCUGCUAGCGGUAGGUCUGGAAGAAUUUUUGCACAGAAGCACUUUAUGUCCUAUGUGAUUCCCGAGACAGGAGAAUCAGGAAAGGGAGCAGUAGUUCAUGGAAGACAAGAAAAAGAAGAAAGAAGAUAAAAAGAAAAGAGAAACCUCUCAGAAGGUGCCAGAACAGAAAGUCAAAGUGCCAGAAUCAGCCAAGCCCUCCUGUUCCCAGCCGCUCGCCACCCCAGGCUCAGUGUCCCCCAGCCCUGGCCCUGUUGCCCCCUCAUCCCCCAGUCCUGCUGCAGCCGGGGUUUCUGCACAAGUUCCUCCUGGUGGCGGGAACAAUGCAAAGCAGCGGACUGCUGUGGCCAACGGACAGCCCUCCUCCUCCCCCUCUGGAAGCCAGAGCUCCCAGCAGCAGCGAUACAUGUCCAGAGAGGUUCCACCAAGAUUUCGCUGCCAGCAGGAUCAAAAAGUGCUACUGAAGAGGGGCCAGCCACCGCUGUCCUCCAUGCUGCUGGGGGGAGGCGGAGGGGAAGGGGGUGCAGGAGGGGUUGGUGGAGGCAGUGGCUGGGAAGCCGCCCCAUCGCUUUCCUCACAAGCAGCAGAUGACCCCAAUGCAAACACAGCUGGAGGCACAGAUUCCAACCUUGGUUCAUCGUCCGCCUCACCCCCCAACUCCUCCUCAUCGUCAUUAUGUGUUGCUGCUCUGUCGUCUUCUUCUACUACUACUUCAACUUAUGCAAAUUCCACAUGGGGGGCAGGCUCUGGCAGCCAGUCCUCUUCUCAGGGCUGCGGGAAGGUGAUUGUUGAUGGGACGGACCUGGGGGAUUGGCCUAGCAUCCUCGGAGGGGCCAAAUUGAGUUCUGACCGGGCUGGAGGAGGAGGGGUGCAGGAGCAAGACUGCCCUGGUAACAACAACUACAGUAGUGCCUCAUGGAGUGAGAGAAACAUCCAGCAGAAGGGAGGAGCAGCAGCAGCAGUAGGAGGAGCAGGGAACAUGGACAAUCCUUCCUCGCCUCGUUCUUCUCCUCUUUCCUCCUCUUCCUCGCUUAAUGAAUGUGUUCAGUCGAGUGGUGGUGUGUGGGGCUCUUCCACCCCCUCUCAGGUGGAGUCAGGGCUGGGAUCAGCAGCAUUUUACAAUUCCAAAGUCUCCCGUCUUCUUCCUGGGCCUCAGGAGAGCCCUGUGGGUGGCAGCAGCAACAGCAGCAGUGUCCCUGGUGCCAAUUUCAACCCCAACGUGAACCCCUCCGCCUGGCCUGCCCUGGUGCAGGGUGGGACAUCAUCUCCGGCUAGCGACGGCCUUCCACUACACUCGUCCAUUAAUUCAGCUUCCUCGUUCUCUGCCAGCACUACGCUCAUCACCACUCACUCUCUUUCAUCUGUGAAUCAAACUGGUCUCCAUCAGCAGCACACUGAGGCGGCGGUGGGAGCACGGAGUGGAGAACAACAGCAACAGCAGCAGCAGCAGCAGCACUUUGGAAACCUAGGACCAGAGUUGGGUUCAGGCGGGGGAGCAAGAGGAACAGGACCAAAUCAAGAAGGUGGUGGCGAUGAGGGGGGCUGUCGGCCGGCUAGUGUUGAUGGAGAAGGCAGUGGCAGUCAUUCUGGCUCUUCGUCUUCCUCCUCUGCUGCCUCCUCUUCUUGGAGAUCCAUGCCUCCACUGUCCUCUGACCUGUGCACGGGUGCCUCACAGGCAGAUGGGUGGGGUGGAGGAGGGACUGGAGCUCAGGGGCAGGAAGGGAGUGUGUGGGGCUUUGGAGGCCAGGGUGACAAGGCAGGGUGGGGUAGGGGAAAUGAUGGUAGCUCAAAUACCCCAGUGGUAUCUCAGGGAGCGUGGGAAGGAGGCAGUACAGAAGCAGAGUGGGGCGGCACAGCCGGAGCUGUAAGUUCGAGUAACUUAGCAAUAGGAAGUGGAAGAGGAGGAGAUGGGAGCAGCAGCAGCAACAGCAGCAGUAGUGGAGGCAGUGGAGGUAUGGGCGGCAGUGUUUUGCAGGACUCUGCCUCACCAAAGUUUGACACUAUGACAAAAGCUUGGGACAAUCAGAAAGGGAUGGAAGGUGGGGACGGGACAGUUGGGGAGUGGGGAGGAGGAGGAGGCGGAGGGCAGGGUGGAGGCACUGCAGGUGGCGCACCUUCGUCCUCUAGCGGAGGAGGGUCCAUAGCUGGAAGUGGUGGAGGAGGGAGUGAUAAUGGAUAUAAGCAGGAGAGCGCCUCGUCUGUAAACAAAAGUCCCGACCAGACCUCCAAUGCUGAGGUGGCCUUACUCGGCUUGCUCAAUCGAUCUGACCUAGACCCCCGGGUUCUCUCUAACACGGGCUGGGGGCAGACCCAGAUUCGACAGAAUGUGGCCUGGGACCUGGCUACCACAACAGGAGUAAGAAACCGAAAUGACAGAAGCACGUCAUCUUCCUCUGCAUUCUCAUCAGCAACCAUAAACACUACCACUAGUCGCGGCCCUGGCUACCCAUCUAACACCAGUUCAAUAACUAAUGAUCCAUCUGUUGGCAGUCACACGACCAACCUGAACUCUGGCCCUGUUACAGCGAGGGAUGGCUGGGAUGGUGGUACUACACAGUCCACCUGUGGUCCUCACGUGCACGGUAGCACUAUAAGGAAGCCAGGAAAGCCAGAAGAAGAUAUAGAGGGCAACCAGGGCAAGGCAGCUGGAGGCUGGGGUGAUCUCCCACCUGAAAACCAGGGCAAAGGAUGGGGGACUGAAGAAAAGAAAUGGGGUGAUCACAGAGGAGGAGGAGGAGGAGGAGGAGGAGGAGGAAGAGGAGGAAACUGGAGAGAAUUUGGAGAACAGGGUAGUGGGUGGGCAGAUGGUCCAGAGGAUAAAGGGACAGGGGGAUGGAAGGGGGCUGGGAGAGGAGAGGCAGGUGGUUGGGGAGGAGACAGGGGACAGAGGGACUCUAUACUUGGAGGUGGGUGUGGAGAUGGGCGAAGCAGAGGUGGAAGCAACUCUGAUGAGAAGGGAUCUUCCUGGGGUCAUUUGGAGGAAGGGGGAGCUCAGCGAGGAGGUUGGGGAGGGGGAGAUGUGGGUGGAGGCAAACCCCACCAGGACUGGGGGAGUUCAAAGCCCCACGCAGCAGCACCGAUACCAAACAGCCAAGUGGCACCAAUGAAAGCCCCAAAUCAACAGCAGCACCAAUCACAGGGCCAGCAGCCACAAGGAGGUCCUAUUCAAGGAGGGUGGAACAACCGGUCUAAUGUCGGAGGUGGAGGUCCACCAUCCAAGAAUCAGAACCAAAGCCCGGGCUGGAGCUCCGGCCCAAUCCCCCAAAUCUCUGGGGGCGGGGGUGACUCCCUGGAGCCCAGUGGCUGGGAAGAACCCUCCCCUCAGUCCAUCAGUCGCAAAAUGGAAAUCGACGAUGGCACUUCAGCCUGGGGAGACCCGACCCGCUUCAAAAGCAAGAAUGUGAAUUUGUGGGACAAAAAGAGUGCUACGCCAGGCCAAAGCCACGGUCAGCAGGCCCCACCAGCACCAGCACCACCACCACCAUCCAUCCAACAACAACAACAACCACCUAGAAGGCAGCAGGGCAUGCAGCACAGCAGGGACACAAACCCUGGCAGUGCUACAGUGGGCAUGUGGGAAAGAGGUGCGCAAUCUGUGGAUAAUGGUACGGCUACUUGGGGCCAGUCGUCCGAAGCAUCAACAGGUUGGGGUGAUCAAGAGGAGCCCGGCAAAGCUUCUGGCUGGGGGAACCCUUCACCCAACUCUGGCAAAUCUGCAGGCACCAAAUCAAUGGAGAGCUGGGGUGGGAAGGGAGAGGGCUCUGUCGCAGCCUCCCGUCACCCCAGCUGGGACGAGGAAGAUGAUGGCAGCGGAGGGGUCUGGAACAACUCUGUGUCGCAGGGAAACAGCUCCUCCUUCAAUUCCGGAGGCUGGGGUCAGACUCACGGAGGAAAGAGAGGCAACAUCAAGAGUGGAGGAGGGGACAGCUGGAUGAACCCAGUGUCACGCCAGUUUUCAAACAUGGGUCUUUUGGGUGAUGACCCAAGUCUUGACAAAAAGAUGGAAGGAGACAAGAGAGGAAUAACUGAUUAUAAUGGAGAGAUGCGGAGGGGAGGAAGAGGUGGAGGAGGUUACCGCAUGCCUAGUUCCAAAGACAUGGGCCCUGUUGAAAUGGGGCCCUACGGUGAAAAGAUGUGUGGCCAUGGGGUGUUUGUUGGCAGUGGCGGAGGGAUGCCUCAGCCUCGAGGGAUGCACCAGCCUGGCAUGCAUCCAAUGAAUCCCUCCCAGGGUUUACGUGCUCAAGUGCCUCAUCAGUUCCUGUCUGCUCAGGUGCCGGGUCCUAUGCUGAAGCAGAUGCCCUCUCCUGGUGGCAGUGUGGGUGGAGUGGUUGGAGGUGUCAGUGGUGUCAGUGGCGUUGGAGGUGUCGGAGGGGUUGGUGGAGUGUUCCCUCCUAAUCAGAUUUCCCCACAGCAGCUCGCAAUGCUCAGCAACAUUUACCCGCACAUGCAGCAGUUCCAUCUGGCUUGUCAGCUCCUGCUACAGCAGCAACAACAACAGCAGCAGCAACAGCUCCUGCAGAACCAGAGGAAGUUCCCUCAGCCUCUAAGACAACAGCCAGACCCACAGCAGCUGGCGAGGAUUAUGGCUAUUCUGCAGCAGCAGAGGCAGCAUCAGCAGGGUGGAGUCGGAGGAGCAGCAGCAGGAGGAGGGGGCUCUAAACUGUCCCCCUCUCACCUGGGGGGAGGCCUAUCCAAACAGCCCAUGGUAGACCCCCUUACACAUCCUGGAAUGGGGGGGCCCUUAUCGGACAUUCAUGCCAAAACGCAAGGGAUGUACUCUGGGCUUGCCCCUGGUGGUAACCUGUCGGGACUGGAGCUCGGUCCCAUGAUGGGAGGGAUGAAGGACACGGGAGGACAGCAAUCCCGCUUCAAGUGGAUGAUGGAGGGACACUCCCCAGCUCCUUCUCCCCCUGACACAGCCCUCCACAAGAAUGGCCCUUUACCCAGUGCUAUAAAGGGGAGGGGAGGGUCCCCUUAUUCCCAGUAUGAAAUGCUGGGCAGUGAUGGUUUGGGGAUUCCCCCUCAAGGUUCCGCAGACAACUGGCAUCGGACCCCUGGGAGUAAAAUGGGGAACAAACCUGCCACAUCCAGCUGGCCUCCAGAGUUCCAGCCCGGUGUGCCCUGGAAGGGAAUCCAGAGCAGUGGUGACCCAGAGUCUGACCCAUACAUGACCCCUGGUAGUGUUCUUGGUUCCCCAGGACCCCAGAGCCUCAACGACUCUGACCACCAGUUACUGCGAGACAACAUAGGGCCAAACCCCUCCCUCAACACCUCGCUGCCUUCACCUGGUGCCUGGCCCUACAGUGCCUCAGACAGCCCCCUCAGCAAUGCACACAGCACAGGAAAGUACUCGGAGUACAAGCCCAGCUGGCCCCCAGAGCCCAUCGGACAAAACAAGUUAUGGAAGACCAAUCGCAACAGCUCACAUCUGCCACGCCCCCCUCCUGGCCUAACUAAUCAGAAGCAGGCCUCGCCUUCCCCAUGGGGUAGCGGAGGCCCGCGGUUGGCCCGGAGCUGGGGUGGGGGCGGGAUUAAUCAAGAGUCAAGAUUUGGGCCAGGCUCAGCUUGGAGCGAUGGCAUUGCCUCCAGAAGCAGCUGUUGGUUGCUGCUGAGCAACCUGACCCCUCAGAUUGAUGGCUCCACGCUGAGGACUAUCUGCAUGCAGCAUGGCCCCCUGCUGACCUUCCACCUCGGCCUGACCCAGGGCAGUGCUCUGAUUCGCUACAGCAGCCGACAGGAAGCAGCUAAGGCCCAGGGUGCACUGCACAUGUGUGUUCUGGGCAACACCACAAUCCUGGCGGAGUUUGUGAGUGAAGAAGAAGUUGCUCGCUAUUUUGCACAUUCCCAGGCCGGAGGGGCAGAGGGCGCCAGCUCAGGAGGGUCAGCAGCCGGUGGGACGCAGGGUUCUUCUGGGUCAGGCACGGCUGUGGCCAGCAGUGGAGGUGGCUCCCCUGGGAAUGAGCGGGCAGCAGCGGGCACAACUUCAGGUGGAAACGGCAGUGGUGGUGGAGGAGGAGGGGAAAGUGGAGCAGCGGCUCUAGGUAGUGUGAGGUCCUCAGGCUCUGCCUGGCAGAGUCUCGAUGGUACAGGCAGUUCUUCAGAAGCCUCCUCAGCCCAAGGACCGGGGCUGGGGAUAUUUUCCCAGUGGAGCACCAACGGGGCCGGGGAGGGAGGGGGUGUCGGCGGAGUAGACUCUGGGAGGUCUGGGCUCUGGGGGGGCAUGACUGCGGGAUACCCCAGCAGCAGCCUGUGGGGAGCACCACAAAUGGAGGAAAGGCACCAAAUGGACAGCCCUGCCGCAUUGUUGCCUGGCGACCUGCUGGGGGGAGGAGCUGAUUCCAUCUGAUGAGCCCCCUCCAUUUGUACAUGCAGGUUUGGACACACUGAUACAAAAUACACUGGGAUACAUAUGUACUUAAUAUAGCACACACACACACACACACACACACACACACACACUCUUACAUGGUAUGCAUAUUAAUGUAAUACACAUAUACACAUGUGCAUACAUAUACAUGGUAUGCAUAUUAAUGUGCACACACAUCAAGCAGAAAUGUGAGACAUGCUUACACACAUUCUCGUGGCCAGACUUAAGCUAUUAUAUAAACAAAUGCAGGGACUGUUAGAUGUGUAUACAGCCUUUUUCCACAGAUGAAGAUUUCAACUGCUUAGACUUGAAACCUGAAAAAGAAUGAAAAGUCAGUUGGUCUCAAAGACUCGACUGGAUUGCAAUGUGCUUAGUAAAUAGGGGACUUUUCAACAGAUUUACAUACACAUGCACACACCAAAUACAGACAAGCCUUCAGACAGAUGGGCACUGUAAACAGCAUUACCUUCAUCGUAUAAGAGAACUUAAUACUACUACAUGAUGUGAGGUUAAAGUGCAGUUUGUAUUCACGUCUCCUUCAAAAAAAACAAAAACGGAGACCGAAUCCAAACACAUGCAAACAGCUCUGAUUGAAAACAGAACUGUAUCUUACUGUGUAUGUUAAGUUUGUUUUUUUCCUGUUUGUUUGUAUGUAUGGUUUUAAUUUUUUGAACAGUGAAAAUAUUGAAAAAUGUCAUUAUUCUGUUUUCAAAAUGCUGACCUCCUACUGUUGUAUCUCACGCACUCUUUCUCUGUUAUUCUCUCUUGAACAUGUUUGUUACUGUUGCAGUGAUAAAUGUUAAAUUGCUGGCAGUUUGAGGCUAUGUUGCAUUUCUCCAUGUGUCGAUGCUGUGCGCAGUGUCAUACACACUAUAUGGACACGAGUAUGAGUGAGAUUGAGACCAAGUAAGUGGAUUAAACCACAGUUUUUGUGCGUGUGUGUGAAUGUGAGGAUAAUGUGUGUAUGCAUGUUACUGCCUGUCAUAAUGUGGGCAAGGCUGCUUACUCUACAGAAGGUCUAUACAAAAAUGUUUUUGAGUGCAUUCGGUAUACUGCUGACUGUGUGUUAAGAAAUAUUGGCACUAAUGCUUUUUUUUUUUUCUCUCUCUCAUUUGAAGUUGUUUGUUUUUUAGCAUACUUGUAUUUUUUAUUGUCCGACCUGCAAUAAUAAAAAAGAACAUUUAAUGACACAAAGAGCUGAAGGCAUAUGCGUUGAGUAAAUGGACAUGCCAAAUCUUAUCAAACUGUGUGGAGUGGGAGGGAGGGGUGGGACGGGUUGUUUACAGAUGCAGAGUAAGAGUUACCGUACGUUUUUAAUGUUCUGUUGUUGUGUAUUCGUUUUAAAUUAAGACAGGCUUUAACACUCCUGUUCAGUGUUUUCGUUAUGAGAUUUUACAAAGGAAAAAUUUAUUUAAACAAAUGAGAACAAGAUUAAUAAAGAUGAAAGUAUUGGCUUCUAAA